AGUAGUCACGUGACCGGCACUAAGGUAAACAACCGGUCUGAGGAACUGGUGAAAGUGGAAUGAAUGUUAACCGUGGAAUGUGAUUUUCGACACCUUGAAACAAGAGAUCUGAUGUCAUAGUUCAACAUGGUGAAACAAGUGGGCCUGCUCCCAGCCGGCUGUCAACCCUGGAACCAUGAUGUUGUCGCUGCAAGUGGAGAUCGCUUUGUUUAUUGCGCGACGCUGGCUAUCUAUGUGUACCAGAUGGACAAAAAAUUUCGAGAGUUCAAGUUGGUAUCUAUUAUGUCAGAACACAAAAAGACAAUCACAGCCAUUGCUUUUAACCCAACAGACAAAGACAUACUGGCCAGUUGCAGCGCUGACCACAGGGUGAUCGUAUGGGACUGUGACCAACAGAAGAUUGUAGCUCAGCUGGAAAAUACAAGGGAUAUACCAAUAGGUAUAGGCUGGUGUUUCCAUGGCAACGAAUCAGUAACAUUUACGUCUAGACGAGGACAAUUUUUUCGGUGGAAUUACAAGAAUCCAACAACUAAACUAAUGACUGUAAAAGAAGUGACUGGAUUCUCAUCUGAUGUGUUCAUUUUCAGGUGGCAUCCUAAAAAUACCAGUAAGAUAGUGGUGGGCCACAGGAAUGGCACUAUCUCUGUGUGUCAUAUUGGAGGUAAGAACCACAAACAUGUUUGUGCCCCGGACGAUGACUCUGAUAAUGAGGAUGAUGACCCCGUGACAGCCCUCGAGUGGGACCCUUUGUCCACAGAUUACCUCAUAGUUGCCAACACCUUUGGCGGCAUUCGUCUCAUUGACUCUAAUUCUCUUACCGUCAUCAUUCGUUUUGUCAUGCCGAGUGUUGCUGCCCAUGUAUCCUCAUUGUCCUGGAUAGAUAGUGCUCCAGGGAUGUUUGUAACAGGGGAUGCUAAAUCUGGAGCUCUUCGAGUGUGGAAUGUAUCCAGACCUUCCCCUUUGGAAACGAUCACAUUGAAACAAACUGGUAUACAUGCUCUACAAGCUGUAUGCUCCACUGCUAUAAGCAGCCGACCUGAUUCAGAUGCGGCCAGUAAAUGUACUUCAACCAAUCUGUCUUCCACAAGCCUAGCCCAGCCUCCAUCAGCCAUCAACAACGCUCAGUUUGCUCUUCCACCGGCAAAGAUCCUUUGUACAUUUUUAGAUGGCGGGGUUGGACUUUACGACCUUGGACAACAUAAAUGGAUAUUUGUGAGGGAUGAAGGUCACAUAGAGACAAUCUUCGACUGUAAAUUCCAACCUGACAACCCCGACCAUUUGGCUACUGCAAGUUUUGAUGGGACAAUAAAAGUGUGGGAUGUGAACACACUCAGCACUGUUUAUGUAUCCCCCGGUAACGAGGGUGUCAUAUACUCUAUAUCCUGGGCUCCUGCUGAUCUCCACUGUAUUGUAGCCAGCACUUCAAAAAAUGGCCUGUUUGUAUGGGAUGUCAAUAAGAGCAAGAUCAUCAAACGCUUCACAGAGCACAUAAAAGGGGCAGUGUACUCUGUGGCCUGGUGUCAGAAGGACUCCAAGAGGAUCGCAUCAGUAGGUGCUGACAGUUACUGUAUAGUGCGACUUAUCAGUGGAGAUGUCUUACAGAGAUACAAACAUCCUGGGCCAGUGUAUGGAUGUGAUUGGUCACCUACGAAUAAAGACAUGCUAGCCACUGGCUGUGAGGACAUGUGUGUGAGAAUAUUUUAUAUUGUUUCUUCCUCUGAGCAGGCCAUAAAAAUAUUUAAAGGACACACAUCUAAAGUUUUCCAUGUGAAGUGGUCUCCCCUGAGAGAAGGUAUCCUGUGUAGUGGAUCUGAUGAUGCAACAAUCCGAGUAUGGGACUACACCCAGGACACAUGUAUUUGUGUACUGAAGGGCCAUGAGGCACCCAUCCGAGGCCUCAUGUGGAACUGGGAGGUGCCAUACCUGUUGAUGUCAGGGUCAUGGGACAGUAGGAUUCGUGUGUGGGAUGUGAGGGAUGGAGCGUGUGUAGAAACCAUACUGGACCAUGGUGCUGAUGUUUAUGGUUUAGCAUGUCAUCCUAAGAGACCAUUCCUGUUAGCGUCCAGUUCCAGGGAUUCUACACUUCGACUAUGGUCGCUUAACUCACUUGUACAGCCUAUAGAAAUCAAUAUCAUUGCUGGAAAACCAUGGUCAGAUAUCAUUGGUACAGUGGAGGCGGCCAUGGACGUUGGUAAUCCGCCAUUACUGGCAGGACGUGUUUCUAAGGAUAUCAAACUUGAACUAGAACAAUCCAACAACAAAGGCAAUAUGGCUGCCAAAAAACUUAAACUCUUCUCAGAGUUCUUCUGUCAACCACGUGGUACCAAAAAUCUGUGGGAGCUUGUGUCCGUCGUGAAGGGUAUAGAUGACACCUUCCUUUCUCAACAUUACAAUAAAGGCAUCAUGCACAGUAAACAUCUCAUCAAGUUCAAAAUGGCAGAAGCUCAGCAGUUGGAGAUGGGAAGGCUCUCUAAGGGAGGAUUUCUGGGGUCAUCUUUAAAGGAAGAAAAUCUUCGCAAAGCAGCUCAAGUCCAUAUACGAGUCGGCAAUGUGCAACGUUAUUGUGAACUCAUGGUAGAACUAGGGGAGUGGGAGAAGGCAUUGUCGGUGGCCCCUGGUGUCUCUAUGGAAUACUGGAACAGUCUAGCCAAACGGUACACUGCCUAUCUACUCCGGGAUGACAAAGAGGAGAUGGUACCCUACAGUAUGGCUACAGGUGACAUGGAGACACUUGUCAACUACUUCACAUCUCAGGGUCAAGCCACAGAUGCCAUGCUCGCCUCUAAAGUGGCCUGUGAGGGUUUACAGCCACAACCAGCACCCACAAGUAAAGUUAAGGACAACAGUACCACAGAGCCUAGUGCUCAACAUUUAAAAUUAUUAAACCAGAGUGUCCAGCAUUUAGCUAAUUGGUAUUUCAACAAUGGUUUUGCAGAGUUGGCGGCAUGUUGUCACCUAGCUGCAAAUGAUUGUGAGAGUGCUGUUUGGAGGUUAAUCCAAGGUCAUGAGCUUGAGCUUGCAGUUUCUGUAGGAACCGUCCUUGGUAACACACCAAAACAGACAAACCUGGCAAUAGAAUACCUGUCACGACGAUGUGAACAUUUGUGUAAAUGGGAUCUGGCUGUUGACAUUCUCAAGCUUCUUCCAGACCCAGAUCUACUUCUUGCCAAAUGUUGUUCAAGAUGUGCUGCCAGUAUGGACGAGAUCAAUCUACUUCACACCAGGGCGGGCCUUCCAUCUCUUGAGGAGUGCACACACCAGGCAGAGACACUGAAGCUCAAACUUGAUACAUUCGAAUGUGUGAAGUUUUACCUGCUGUCCACUACCCCAGAGGUGGGGUUAGAGGUCGGGCUACAGGCAGUCAAAGGAGAGAUGUCCAAACCACACUGGUCAGUAGACACUGUGUUCCCAAUGCUACAACUGUUAGGCUGUGUCCGUUCCGACAAGCUCCAACAACACAAGGUGGAAAUACUUAAAUAUGAGCUGUUGUGCCUGUCAGCUUAUAUAGGUGCACUAAUGGCCAUAAGAAGAGGCUAUAAUUCCUUAGUGGCUGUCCUGUUAGGACAUGCACGAGAUAUUCUACAGAAGUCUGAACUUCAUCUGCCGAUCAAUGAUACCAGCAUCAAUAAUGAACUGACAGCCUGGAGAAGUGUUGAAAAACAUAGAGACAGCAGAGGUAACCUUGACUUGCAAAGCAUGAUCUUGUCCCCUGAAGUAAUGGAUGUUUAUCAGAGAUUUACGGAACGAGCAGGAGUUGAUGAGGAACUUCGUGGUCUUGGUCCCGACUGUAUGGCUAACUCUAAUCUACCUACUCACUCUGACAUACAUGUCUCCUGUAUCUCUGGACAACGAACUCUGGGUUUGGCUUAUUUCCUAGAAGAUGGCAGAUCAGCAGUGUCCCCUAAUGAAGCACUCAUGUGGGCUAAAGUCAACCCCUUCACGCCGCUCGGCUCAGCUCUACGAAUAAAUCCUUUCUGAACAGAUGAUAUCUCACAGCAUUUGCAUAAUGUAACUUUGGUUGUGUGUGACCACUGUUGUUAUUUAUUCAAAACUAUUUUGAACGUUUUAACUAUAACAAGAUAUAAGAUAUUCACUAUUAACUAUGCAUUGAUCUUAUUCAUGCUUUGGUACUUAGUAUGGUGUACAAUAGUUACAGCCAGUGACAGAUUUCAUUGUGAUCACUUAUUAUGGUUUACAUGUUACACCCAGUGACAGAUUUCAGUGUGAUCACCCAGUAUUUACUAUGGUGUACAAGUUACACCCAGUGACAGAUUUCAGUGUAAUCACCCAAUACUUACUACUGUACCCAGUGAUAGAUCUGUUUAGCGCUAAGAAUCUCUUAUAGACACAUAUACAUUUUCUUUUAACAUCAGUUAUGUUCCUCAUUACAGGGUAUAUUUAUUUUUACUUGAUUUUAUAAACAAACUAAUGUGAUAUUUUUGUAUAUUUUUUGUUAGUCAUCCAAACAUAUGCCUGCUACUAAUCAGAGUUUACAGAUUAUAUAUUGAGGCCACCCUUAUAGCAUUUUGAAGUAUUGAAAUUGAAAAUGACCCUACUUAUUGCAGGAAGUCCUUUCAAAUUAUACAGAAGGACUCCACUUUAUGAAAUACAUAACACAAAAUCUGACUAUGUAAAUAGUAUGACUCUGCUAUUAAUGGAGCAGAUAAAAAAGUUAUAUAUAUUAGUAUGUCUGUCCUUCCAUCACAUUUCAGACUCGGUGCUCUUUCAUUUUUAGGCCUGUUUCAUAGAUUUCAUUGUCAAAUUAUCAUUAAAAGUUGGCCACAAUAUGAUAAUGUAUAGCAAAUGAGUAUAACACUAUUAAGACGACAUUUCUUGAUAUAUAAAGCAUGCUAAGAAAUAUCUGGUGAUCUACCACAUGCUAAGAUUUUUUUCAUACUAAUUAUUUCUAACAUGUACUAUACAUACCCAGUAUAUAUGUGACCUAAUAGUGCCCUUGCCCCUAUAAGCACACCCUCAGCUUUUUCAGGAAAAGGGGAUGAGUGCACUAAUUAAAGCAUAUAAACCUUACCUAACUGAUCUGGCAAUAUAAUCCUCAGUCUUAUAACCAGACUCUGGAUUGUUUUCACUACAUAAAUUAUGUAAAUGAAAACAAAAAAAAUCUUUUUUCUUUCUUUGAACAUGCAUCUAUUAUGCUCACUCCUUGUGUUUUUGUAAGCACAACGUGUGCUUAUUAGGUCGAAUACGAUAUCCACUGUACAUCAUAUGAAUUGAUGAGGUGUAAAAUAGUGCAAUAUCAUGUGCAUUUACAUUUAAAAGGAUUAAAACAGUUCAACAAAUCCAUCAAGAGCUUAAGAACUAGCUAUAGGUCAUGCCUUUCAUUUGUAUUAAUUAUGAUGAACUAAGGUUAGUGGUAAUAGCAUUUUAGUAAAGGGUAGCACCUAAUCAUUUAGACCCUCCAGCAGUUGUUAAUGCUUGUAAUAUUAUGUGGCUAUUUUUAAUUGUUUAACUUAAUUUGACUGCGUCCAAACUAGUAGUCAUCAAAGUUUUACUGCUUCUUGUGUAUAGAGCUGUUCUUAUUUGUCUUGCACAGGAACGAUACCAGAAGUGUUUCUGAAUCAUGUCUUUUACUAAAUAUAACUCAUUCCGUCCAUAUCUACAUGAAGAUCUCAAACAUUCCAUCAAUAAUUAUAUCAUUGACUUGCCUAUCAUUUCAUAACGUAAUCCAGACAAGCUGGUUUAGUUAUAACUCGCUGCUUUUAUUAGAUAUAUCAAUUUCUAGGUUGCUGUUCAAUGAAGGGUGUGGUCUGGCAUUUUUUGUCUUUUAUCUCCCACGAAAAUGUCGCUCUGAAUCUUGUCUCUUGCACUUUCAAAUAGGCAACUUUCUAACCUGAUAUUUCUGUGAUAAUUGGAAAACAUUCAAGUUAAAACAAAUGUUAUUUCAUUGUCCUAAACCCUACCCUCAGUUUAUAUCAUGUUUGUACUGAGAAUCCCUGGCAGCAUAUAAAUCUGGUACAUUAUUGUACAAAACUGUAUUUGAAUUCCCCUUUGGCAGAAUUUAUCAAUUCUAUACAUAUCAGAGUAUGAGAGUUCUAUAGUUUUGUGUUUCACAGAAUAUUCAGGCACAUUGAUUCUACAUUUCAAUGCGUUGACGUACCUGGACAUUAAACAAGGAACUGAAAAUGAGACACCUGUACUUGUUGUAGAUUACAUGUUACUAUGCCUACCUCUUUAGUGUUACCAGCACAGAGCCUGGUUACUUGUUUUGCUGGAGUUUCUUUUUAUUGUAAUAAGGGUUGAUACGACCAGAGUUUGACAUUUUUUAGAUAUUAUUUCAGAUUUCAUCUAAUAUUUUUGUUAUGUUUUAGUGUGCGAUAACGAAAAUAUAUUCAUAUAUAUUUAUUGUUUAUUUAAGAUUUUUAUGUUUCCAUAUAACAUUCCAGUCUGUUUUUAGGACAGGAAAACAUUCUAUGUUCUCCAAAGCUCUAACAAAUUGAAUAUAAAGGCUUUUCACAACAAUAGAAGUUAUUCUUUGAAAUACUGUGUCCUGUGAUGUAUACGUAAUACGGUUUGUUUUUGAGGUUGUGAUCGAAUGUGGCUUCUUCUUUCUGCCAUACCUGCUUGCCAAGUUAUUUAUGGAAAACCAAAAUCUAAUGAAAUUGUCCGUACAUAUGUACAGCUAUUAAAGUAACAAUGUAUAA